UACAAAAAGAAAUAGAACCGUCACCCAGAUGCGAACACAGAGAUACUUGUCAUUGACCAAUAACCAAUUGACCGACCUUGACGAGUUGUGAUUGGUAUCUGAAAAGCCUUUACGUGAGAAAAGAAGAUCCUUACUUGGAUCUGGUUUGGAAGAAAAGCUUCAGAAUGGGUAACGACGCAAACAGGUGAAACCCUUACACCUAUACCAGGUUCGCUUCUGAAGAACUUCAGAUCUAAUCUUCCUCUUCUACAUUUCAAAUUUAUUGCAGAGUUUUCUAUUUAAUUCGAGGAUCAAAUUGAGAGAAAAGGAGGUGCAAGAAGAAAGGAGGAAAAGGAAGCAAAUUUCUUGUUUAUCAGUGAGAGGGCAUUGGAGUAGAAUCAGAGGACGGGGACAUCAACAUAGAAAAGGACAGGAAGUGCAAACAAUCCUUGGAUUAGAACGUGGAGAUUCCCACUAUAGGCAAUUCUGUUACUUAGCAACUACUGAUACUGUUUAUAGCGAUAAUGGAGUGCAUAAUGCUCCCUUGAAAGUUGAAAGUUGAAAGUUGAAAGGAUAUCCAUCUGUGUAGUCUCACAAUAACAGAAAUAUAGAAACUGCUUUGCAAACAGUUGAGGAUAGCACUAGAAACAAAAGAACCGUAAAGAGAAUCAUGAAGUGCUCAUGGGUAAUGGUAUGAUCCCAAAGGUGUCUGACUGUUUUCCAAAGAGUGCAGAUACUGCUUUGGAAAAGAAGGAAAAGCAUACUGAGACUAGUUCAAUAAUAACAUAUCAGAGGAAGAAAAAUAUAAUAAAUAUUAAAACCUAUCAGAGAAAGAAAAGAAAGUUGUCAUGCUUCUUGCUUAAUAUCAUGGAGCCACUCAAAGUGAUACAAACUGUAGAAAACAGUUCAAUGGGACUUUCAGCAGAGGAGAACAAAGGGGAAAACAACAGAAAUAAUAGGGAAACCAAAGGUGAGUUGGAGCCAGUGACAGAAGGAAGUAAUGUUUUCAGCGAAGGGAAUCUAGAAGUAUCCGUGACGGAACUCAAGAUGGAAGAAAUACUUCCUUCGUCUUGUGAUGGGAAUGUAAUGAAAGAUGUUGUUUCAGGUGGUUCCAUCAAUAAAGAAGUCUUUGUUUUGGAGAAGUUACCUGCUUUACCAGGAAGAUCACCUCAUUCUUCCAGGAAAAAACUACUUAUUCUUGAUCUAAAUGGGCUACUUGCAGAUAUUGUGCCUUUUACCCCUAUUGGAUACACACCAGACAGGAAAAUUGCAUACAAAUCACUUUUUAAGAGGCCAUUUUGUGAUGAUUUCCUGAAGUUCUGCUUUGAGAGAUUUGAAGUGGGCGUCUGGUCAUCAAGAAACAAGAGAAAUAUGGAAAGUGUGAUUGAUUUCCUUAUGGAAGAUAUGAAGCAUAAGUUGCUGUUUUGCUGGGACCAAUCACAUUGCACUGAAACAGGAUUCUACACUAUUGAGAACAAGCAGAAGCCACUCGUACUCAAAGAACUGAAGAAGUUAUGGGAUAAGCAUGACUCUAAUCUUCCAUGGGAGAAGGGAGAUUACAAUGAAUCAAACACACUGUUGGUGGACGAUUCUCCAUACAAGGCUCUAUGCAAUCCACCACACACUGCGAUCUUCCCAUGUCCGUUUACAUAUCUGGAUAGGAAGGAUAAUUCUUUAGGCCCAGGAGGUGAUCUUCGAGUUUAUCUGGAAGGAUUAGCCAUGGCCGAAGACAUUAAAAAAUAUGUGGAGGAACAUCCAUUUGGUCAAUGUGCUAUCACAAGCAAGAAUCCAUCAUGGAAUUUCUACCUUAGAGUUAUUGAGACAAAGAUAUCUGAUGAACAACCUGAAGACAAUGUUGAUAGCUCUUCUCUCCCCUCCAGUCAAGAGCUCUGUAAACUUAAAUGAUGACCAUCGUCGAUUUACUGACCUGAUUUCAAUCCAAAAUAGUGCUGCUUCAAUUGUAUAGAUUGCCAGAUAUAGCUGCUGGUGCAGGGAGCUGAUUAGUCUUUCAAGCUUAUCUGUAAGGAUAGCAGGAAUCAUUCCAACAGUUGGCCAAGCUCCCCUCUCUCUUUCACUCUUCUAUAUUACGAACUGCUUGCUAAUCUGAUAACCUUUUGAGGACUAUACAGGGCUACAAUCAGUCAGGUUUUCACCUCUAAGAUAAAAUAUGUGUAGUCUCCGACUCCCAUAUCCCAACCACCUGCUAUUUAAGACGGUUGGAAUUUUUUUUGAAUCCGUAGUUAUUGUUGUCUUUCUUAAAAUUUAGCUGUAUUUUUACUGGUUCAUUAGUAGAACAGCGAUUUUGUGUGUGCAA